AUGAGUUUGAGUAGCACUUCCCUUAGAAAGCUCCUCCAGUCCAAUGAGAGACAGUAUUUAAGGAGGAGGGGACUUGAACGCACCAGGAAGCAGAAACCUCCUGACAGUCUCAACUCAGGGCUGCAAACUCCCAAAAUUUCAUCAGCUGCAAAAAGCAAAAAAACUCUCCUGUGUGUUGAAACGUCACUUGCAGAAAGUUGCCACGCAGACACACACACACACACACACAGCGGCAUGAUGUGGAAGUCUGUAAGCUGCACACUGUGGCUCUUUAUAAGCUCUCAGCUCACUUUAUGGUCCGUUUGGGUCAAAGCUCAAGAGCCGGACGAGGAGGUGAAGAUUGAGAUUCUGUUUAAACCCGAGCAAUGCGAGCAGCAGAGUAAGAAAGGAGAUCUGAUGAAUGUGCACUAUGAUGGGUUCCUCGCCAAAGAUGGUUCCCAGUUCUACUGCAGUCGAUCUGAUAAAACUGGACACCCUCAGUGGUUCGUGCUGGGUGUGGGUCAAGUCAUCAAAGGCCUCGACGUUGGGAUGAUGGAUAUGUGUGCAGGAGAGAAGAGGAAGAUAACCGUCCCACCCACCUUGGCUUUUGGAGAAGCAGGCAAAGGUCCGGUGCCGCCGAACGCCACGGUGGUGUUUGAGGUGGAGCUGUUCUCCGUGUCCAGAGGACCGCGCAGCAUGGAGGCCUUCGGGAACAUGGAUCUGAAUAAAGACAAAAGUCUCACAAAGGAAGAGGUGAGACAAUACUUAAAGCUGGAGUUUGAAAAAGAUGGGAAGCCCCGUGACGAGCCUUUCUACGAGGAGAUAAUCAACGAUAUUUUCCGCAAGAACGACGGCAACAAAGACGGACACAUCAGCGCGAAGGAGUACAAUAUUUAUGAGCACGAUGAGCUUUAA